AUGCAGAGCAUCAGAGAUGCAGAAACCGAGGAACAGAGGAGACAAGGAGGCAGAAUGGCAGGAGGCAGGCCCAGCGACCAGAGGAUGGCAGGAGGCAGGCCCAGCAAUCAGCCCAGAAGAGCCCCCAUACGAUUUUUUAGGACUAUGGGGACCCUCGGUAGGGUGGGAGGUAGAGCCCCUGCUGCCAUACUCAUGGGGGCUCAGGAGAGCCCCUGCCGCCUCACUCGUGGGGUUCUUGAGAAAGCCCCUGCAGCCUUGGGAGGGUGGAACGAUGGGCUACUGCCGCCUCCGGAGUGGCAGUCUGACGAGGCCCUGGCUUUCCCACCUCCUCCUUCUGCUCCGGUGCCCCCUCCUGCUUCAGGGGUGGAGCCUCCCUCUGCUCCAGCGCCCCUUCCUACUUCAGGGGCGGAUCCUCGCAUAGCUCCGGUGCCCCUGCCUCAUUGGCACUCAUCACAGCAGAUAAGGGAUUCCUUGGAUGCGCCUCACCUCAAUCCUCCCGGGGAUCCCCUCACGCACCUGGGAACGCUGCUAUGGACGGAACCUCGGCCGUCGGAAUGGAACAGCAGACCAGAUCAAUGUUUCUCUCCUCUGCCAAAAGUGACCAGGGAAUCAGUGAGACAGUAUCUCCAGUAUCGCUCUGAUCAGUCGGUGCGGAUAAUUCAUGCAAAGGUUGCACAGAAAUCAUAUGGCAAUGAGAAACGGUUUUUCUGCCCACCUCCUUGUGUUUACAUCAGUGGCUCAGGAUGGAAACUGAAAGAAGACCUUUUGAAUGUUGCUGGUGCAGUGGACUCCUGCUACAGACUCUGUGGUUAUAUGAGCCUGGACAGCUCCUCUGUUGCCCAGGCAGACAGCUUCAAACUUACCUUUGAGGACCAACCUGAUGCCAAGAUGUUUGCUUGUGCCAAGUCCCUGUACAUCUCCGACACAGAUAAAAGAAAGCACUUUCGCUUGGUCCUCAAGCUCCUCCUCAGCAGUGGGCAGGAAAUUGGCUCCUUCCAAAGCAAGUUGAUUAAAGUGAUCUCCAAGCCGUCCCAGAAGAGGCAGUCAAUGAAGAAUGCUGACUUGUGUAUUUAUGCAGGGUCAAGGGUGGCCCUAUUCAACCGAUUGCGGUCCCAAACCGUCAGCACACGUUACCUGGCUGUAGAACAAGGGGCAUUUGUUGCCAGUGCCAGACAGUGGACAGCAUUUAUGGUCACUCUAGUGGAGGACGAGCAUGCUGACCAAGGGGAGUUCCCGGUCUGUGAGGGCUUCAUCUGUUACGGCUGUGUGAUUCAGCUGGUCUGCACCGACUCUGGAGUGGCCCUGCCCCCCAUGGUGAUCCGCAAGGUGAACAAUCAGCACGCUAUCCUGGAUGUGGACGAGCCUGUCUCCCAGCUCCACAAGUGUGCCUUUCAGUUCAAGGACAACAGCCAGAUGUACCUCUGUCUGUCUAAUGAGAGAAUCAUACAAUUUCAGGCCUCCUCCUGUCAGAGGGAACAGAGCAGAGAGAUGCUGAACGAUGGCUCCUGUUGGACCAUAAUUGGUACAGAGGCAGUGGAGUACACAUUCUGUGGGGGUUUGGCCUGUGUUCAGGGCUCUGUCAGCCCAAUUCCUGUCAUCACUGGACUGGAGGUGAAUGGUGGAGGACAUGUAGCAACGCUAGAAGUUCAUGGAGAAAACUUUGGCCCCAAUCUGAAAGUUUGGUUUGGAAAUGUGGAGGCGGAAACCAUGUUAAGGUCUCCAAAAUCCAUGUUGUGUGUAGUCCCCGAUGUGUCUGUCUUCAGUGGGGAGUGGAGGUGGCUACAGCAUCCCAUCACUGUCCCUUUGUCCCUCAUCCGCCUGGAUGGUCUGAUCUACAGGAGCACCUAUAGCUUCACCUACACACCCGAACACAACAAUCCACCACAGGCCAGGGGGGCACUACGCAAUGCCCCUGACUCUGACACCCUUAUAGACUCAAUCCAUCAAGAGUUCACUCGCGCCAACUUCCACUUGUUCAUGCAGAGCUAGUAAGAGGCUAAUGUGAAUAAGUGUGUAGGGAGCUAGGGUGCAUUCAGGUACACACCACCAGUUAAUUAAUUUGUUAAUCCAUUAGGACUGUACAAGGGCAGCCUUCCAGAGAUAGUUGCCGAUUCCAAAUGUAGCCCUGAUACUAAUAUUUAAAUGGGCCAUAUGUACGAUUUUUACUACACUUCUAGCAUAAAUACAAAGCAAAAACGAUCUGUAGACUGCAGUUAGUGUUUCAAAUAAUAUUUUUCUACAAUAUUGUUCAGAGUGACUGAGAUAACGCCAAUUUAAAUGUUCACAACUAGACAGAUACAUCUCAGAAAUGGACCAAAACAACUGUCUGAAUAAUGCUUCAACAUGAAAAAGUAAGUGGAAAUGACAUUUAACUUGCUCUAAUUGAGGAUCCAAACUCAACACUGCAAAUU